CGGCAGUGGGGCGGCGCGGGGGCGCGUGGACACCGUUCGCGUCCCGCUCCCCUGCCGCGCACUGCGGGCGGCGCAGACGGCGCUAGGGAGCGCGGCGAGCUUCGCAGGUGCAGUCGGAAUCCUGGGUCCUUCGACCCGGCGUACAGAUAGGGUAGAAUGCGGCCCGCGGGGCGCCUGGUGACCAUCAAGAGGAGCGGGGCGGACGGAGCCCACUUCCCGCUGAGCCUCAGUAGCUGCUUGUUCGGAAGGGGUACCGAAUGUGACAUUCGUAUCCAGCUUCCUGUAGUGUCAAAACAACAUUGCAAAAUUGAAAUCAAGGAACAGAAGGCAAUAUUGUGUAACUUCAGUUCCACUAAUCCAGCACAAGUAAAUGGGUCUGCUAUUCAAGAACCCGUACCGCUAAAGCAUGGAGAUAUAAUAACUAUUAUUGACCGUUCUUUCAGGUAUGAAGAUGAAAGUCGACAGAAUGGCAGCAAGUCAACUGAAAGUCCUGGGAGGACUCGUGAACAGAGACCAGCGCGGCGUGCCUCGAGAGCCGGCUCUUCAGCUGACCCUGAUGGGAAAGAGCAAGAUUCCAAAGCCCAUUCAAAGAUCAUGGAAAGAAAUGCUUGGGGAAAGCCUGUGGAGUGUGCCAAGGAGAUCACAGGAGACAGUUCUGCCUUGGAUGGUGCUGGCCCAGACCCACCUAGCGCUCGGUCCUCAGAACAUCAGGGGCAGGAUGGCAGAAAUGCAGGGGAUACCUCUUCUGGGGACUCUAAGGCAAAGCCCAGAGUAAUGUUAGUGAGCGGUCAUGGAACACCAAGGUCUGUUGCCUCUGCGCAGUGUGUGGACAACAGCAAGAGAAGUGAAUCCCCCUUUAAGAAGCUUUAUCAGUCGAUGAAGGAGGAGUUGGAUGCAAACCCACCAGGACAAAAUGUACAAUGCCAGAGGAAAUCAGGAGCACACAGUGGUGGCCCAGCAGAGAGAGAAAGCACUGGUGGUUUGCAGAGGGCGCCCCAGCUGGUGCUGUCAUGUCAACCAAGACGGAGAUCUGGGAGAAGCACACCCAUGAAGGAAGACCCUUUCCCAGAACCAGAGACCAGCCAGACUGAGAAGGGAAGUGACUUGGAGCCCGUGGAGGCCUCUAAGAGGCUUGUGGGUUCCAGCACUCCUCUCUCUAAGAUGACUAGAGAGAAGGCCCCUGUGCCGUGUCCACAGCCGCCAAGUUUUGCUCAGGAACAUAAGAAUGAAGACCUGCGUGUGACUCUGAGUGAAAGUGCCGGUGUCAAGGCAGUUGAUGUGACAGGUACUCCUGGGAAGCUUUUAAUUAGAAAUCAAGCACCAGUCAAAGCUGAAGGCACUGCCAACCCCAACAAAAAGCCAGAAAAUCUUUCUUCUAGAAGCAGGAGGAGUGUUCCUACAAAUAUGGAAGUGCUGCCCACAGAAAUCCAGAGCCAGCCUUUUUUAACUCAGUAUCUCACUCAAGUUGAAAAGAAGAUGCAAAAGGAUUCCUUCAAUAAGCCUGAGAAAUUGGGCACAGCGGCUGGACAGAUUUGUUCUGGGUUACCUGGUCUUAGUUCAGUUGAUAUCAGCAACUUUGGUGAUUCCAUUAACAAGAGUGAGGACCUGUCCUUGAAGAGAAGACGCGUGUCUUUUGGUGGUCGGCUAAGACCUGAAUUAUUUGAUGAAAACUUACCUCCUAAUACCCCUCUCAAGAAAGGGGAGACACCAGCCAAGAGGAAGUCUCUUGCAGCUCACAGUCCAGCUGUCCUGAAGAAGAUCAUCAAGGAACAGCCUGCGUCACUAGGAACAGAGUCUUCAGGAGUCUGCUGGGAAGUGAAAGCACAGAGUGUGUCUACAGGGUUCCCAGCUGCUAGUCCCAGAAUAACUGCAGCAGGGCCAGGUGAACAAAGACGCAGAUCGGGCAAGGCCUCGGCUGCCUCUGGUGGCAACAAGUCCCCUCAAGACACUCCUAAGAAAGCUGGGAGGAAGAGUGGCCAACUGUCUUCAAAGAGGACUUCUAUUAGCCGAAGCCAACAUGGCAUUUUGCAGAUGAUUUGUUCCAAAAGGAGAAGCGGUGCUUCUGAGGCCAACCUCAUUGUUGCAAAAUCGUGGGCAGAUGUAGUUAAACUCGGUGCAAAGCAAACACAAACAAAAGUUGUGAAGCAUGGCCCCCAGAGGCAGGUGAACAGAAGACAGAGAAGACCCAACACUCCCAAGAAGCCCACAGGCCCCGUUCACCAUCAGUUUAGCACGGGCCAUGCAAACUCUCCUUGUACCAUAAUAAUAGGGAAGGCUCAGAUUGAAAAAGUGACCGCACCUGCUCGGCCCUACAGGAUGCUGAACAACUUGGUCUUCAGUCAGAAAAUGGACUAUAAUGAAGACCUUUCAGGGCUCACUGAAAUGUUCAAGACCCCAGUGAAGGAGACGACUCGAAGGACAACCACAUCUCCCAGCACUCUUUCCAGUUCAGAGAAAUCACUUGGAAAAAAGCCUCAAGUAACUAACUCAGGAGGAAAACCUCUGCCCCUCACUUUGGAGAUUUCGGGAUCAAGUGUGCUCUCCAGUACACAGAAAACAGCAGAACCAUCUGAGACGUGUUUUGCAAGCCCAUCCUUAAGACGGCAGAGUAUUAGAAAAGAUGGAAACACAGAGAAAGCUCCCAGGAACAUCAGUACAAUGACUCCUUUGGAGAUGAGAACUCCGGGGUUUUCACCAGAGCCUCUGAAGACGGUGUCCAGUGCCAACAAGCUCAGAAGAUCCGUGGAGCUCAGAAAUGCAGAGGUGCCCCGGGUGGAGAGCAAGACCGAGGCAGGAGCAGACGCUGCCCUGGCCCUCCCAGGAAGACGCCUGAGGGAGACGCCCCGGGGAGGACAGGCGGGGGACCGAGAGGAAAGUGCCCAGUCAGAAGGAAAGGGUGGCAGGGUGACAGAUGGAAGGAGAUCAAGAACUGGGGGCCUGAAGAGUGAACCCACAGCCAGCCUCACAGACCCGGAGAAGACACUCAACGUAGAACCCUGGGAAGACCCGUCAGGUAGCCAGCAGCUGCCCGGAACACCAGGGUGCACCCAGGAAACAGUGAACAAGGAGGAGGAAGCCACUAACCUGCCCUGUGGAACUCCUCUGCCCAGUCCAGCAACUCCCGCCGCCAGUGGGAAGAGACGGCGCAAGAGAUCUCUGGGAAAGGUGGAUGUGCAGGAGGAGGCCUCUGCGCUGAGGAAGCGCGCCCACCUGCCAAUGGAAGCCACGCACUCCCUCGCAGCGCCAGGAGGAGAUGAGGAAAGCAUUGGGGUGUCGAGGGGAACUCCAGAGCAGAAGGAGGACUCAGUGGUGUAUGGAACUGGAGUGAAGAGGAGGCCACGAACUCCUAAAAAGACCCAACCCCUAGAGGACCUGGCUGGCUGCAAAGAACUAUUCCAAACCCCAAAACACAUCGAAGAGUCUAUGGCAGUCGAUAAAACAAGAUUGCUAGUCAAAUUGCCCGAACCAGGACCUAUGGGAACCUCAACAAGCACAAAAACACAAGUCAACACGCUGCAAGGAAGAGUAGAUGUGAAACAAGAGUGCCCUGUACCAGAGAGGCUCAGAGACACGCCCAGGGAAGCCAGGCACACAGGCAGAGUGUCAGGAGCGGGUGGCAGUGCAGGCAGAGCUCUGGAGGCCUCUGCACAACAGGCUCUGCGCCCAGCAGCAAAGGUAACAGGGAGCAGAUCUCCACAGCCAGAACCAGGGGACACACCAGCAAGCACAAAGGGACGGCCCAGGACACGGCUCCGGACAGCAGAGGUGAAAGAGGAGCCCCGGGCACUGAGGAAGCCAGCGCAGACAUCACGGGCCACCAGGCACACGCGCACGGCCCCAGGAGGUGAGGACCAAGGCAGCAGAGCUUCUGAGAGGUCUGCACAGCAGGCCCGGGCCCCAGCAGCGAGAGCAAUUGGCAUCAGGCGGCUGCGAGGGGCACCUGAGGACCAGCCCCUGGAGGACCUGGCUGGCUCCAAAGAACCGAUCCCAGCACCAGGUCCCACUGAGGGAUUGGCAGGUGAAGGAAAAACCACGAAAAUACCCUGUGAAUCCCCAGAAGCAGAGCCCGUGGCAACCCCAGCACCCCCAAAGAGACAGCCCCGGGCAGGGCUCAGGAAAGCACCUGUGACAGAGGAGGUCUCAGUGCAGGGAGAGGUAGCAGGGACCUCAGGGGGACUCGUGCACACACACCCAGAUCCCAAAGGUGAUAAUAAAAAUAUCACAGUGCUCAAAGAACCUGUAAAGAGGAAACUGGAUCCUGCUGCAGGUACCAGGGGCAGCAAGAGGCGCCGAGGGUCAGCUGAGGGAGAAGCCCAGCCCCCGGAGGACCUGGCUGGCUCCAAAGAUCCAAUCCCAGCCCCAGGCCCCUCUGAGGAACCCACAAGGGACGAGAAGACCACAGAAACGCCCUGUAGAUCUCCACAGCCAGAACCAGGGCACACACCAGCAAGCACAAAGGGACGCCCCAGGACACGGCUCCGGACAGCAGAGGUGAAAGAGGAGCCCCUGGCACUGAGGAAUCCAGCGCGGACAUCACGGGCCACCAGGCACACGCGCACGGCCCCAGGAGUUGAGGACCAAGGCAACAGAGCUUCUGAGGGGUCUGCACAGCAAGCCCGGACCCCAGCAGUAAGAGCAAUUGGCAUCAAGCGGCUGCGAGGGACAGCUGAGGGCCAGGCCCAGGCCCUGGAAGACCUGGCUGGCUCCAAAGAACUGAUCCAAGCCCCAGCCCCGUCUGAGGAACCCACAAGGGACGAGAAGACCACAGAAACGCCCUGCAGAUCUCCACAGUCAGAACCAGGGCACACACCAGCAAGCACAAAGGGACGGCCCAGGACACGGCUCCGGACAGCAGAGGUGAAAGAGGAGCCCCGGGCAGUGAGGAAGCCAGCGCGGACAUCACGGGCCACCAGGCACACGCGCACGGCCCCAGGAGGUGAGGACCAAGGCAGCAGAGCUUCUGAGGGGUCUGCACAGCAGGCCCGGGCCCCAGCAGCAAGAGCAACUGUCAUCAGGCGGCUGCGAGGGGCAGCUGAGGGCCAGGCCCAGGCCCUGGAAGACCUGGCUGGCUCCAAAGAACUGAUCCAAGCCCCAGGCCCCUCUGAGGAACCCACAAGGGACGAGAAGACCACAGAAACGCCCUGUAGAUCUCCACAGUCAGAACCAGGGGACACACCAGCAAGCACAAAGGGACGGCCCAGGACACGGCUCCGGACAGCAGAGGUGAAAGAGGAGCCCCGGGCAGUGAGGAAGCCAGCGCGGACAUCACGGGCCACCAGGCACACGCGCACGGCCCCAGGAGGUGAGGACCAUGGCAGCAGAGCUUCUGAGGGGUCUGCACAGCAGGCCCGGGCCCCAGCAGCGAGAGCAACUGGCAUCAGGCGGCUGCGAGGGGCACCUGAGGACCAGUCCCUGGAGGACCUGGCUGGCUCCAAAGAACCGAUCCCAGCACCAGGUCCCACUGAGGGACCGCAACAUGAUGCUCACAGUCGGAAGAGCACUCCAGAGCGAACAGCUGAAAGAGCCAAGCCUCUGCCUACAAGCUCGAGAGUCCUUAGGGCCCCUAAAGGAAAGCCAGUGGAAGACCAAGAGGGCAAAGGACACCCGACAGCACCACAGAGCAGAAGCAACAUGUCCCUGCCCACGGGUAAAUCUGGAACAGAUGGACUUCUCUCAGGAGUCGGGGCGCCGUGCUCAGAGACUGGGCUGCAGGAUACUGUGCAGGCCAAGGCAGUCCACGGGAAAAAGAGGGCCGCUCCCAGGGAGAGAGGCAGAUCUCCUGAGCCCUUGAUAAUCAAUAAGGAUCUAAAAAUUUUAGUCAACAGAAUUGAACCUGCGGAAGAUCACAACUCCAGGAGGGAAGCUGGAAAGAGGAAACUCAAAGUGGAAGACUCGGCGCCUGCGGAUAAGGGAAUUUUGCUGCGAACCAGACACCAGAAUACAACUGAAGGAGAAGAGCCAAGACCAGAGAUCACUGUAUCAGCAGAAAAGAUGAAAAUAAAGAGACAGGGGAAGAAUCCCAUGGAACCCUCCCAGGAGGUGGGGCUGCAGGGCCCAGGUGAUGGAGACGAGAAAGCUGAGUCCAGGGCCAAAGUGAGGGGAAAGAGAGCGUGCUUGAGAGCUGGAAUUCGGAAUCAGAUUUCCCAGUCUCACACAGCAGAGGAGGAAGUGACGGAGAGAAGUGUGGCAGUCCCCAUGAAGAUCCAGGAAGAGAAAGGAGCAGCUGCAAAUUCAGACUUCAGGUGUCUGAGGUCCAGAAAACCAGGCAUGCAGCCUAGUCUGGAGAGUGAAUCUGAGCAGAGAGUCACUCGAGGUGCCAAGAGAUGUGCAGAAAACCUAAAGGUUAAGGACACAGUGGACACCAAGAAACUAAGGAGCAGAAGUCACCGGCACAGGGAAGAUAUUUAGCUAGUAAAUUUAAGAGGGAAAAUAUAUAAUAAAGUUAGUUUAGUGUUAAAUUUUUAGUAUAAUUUUUGAUACCAGUAUAAAAAUGAAUUGUGUAAAUAAUAAUAUGGGUGUGUUUAAGAGAAGAAAGAAUUUUCAGGCUCUGGUUUGUCUUUAUAACCCUGCAAGGGGUCCACAAGGGGCAUUGCCGGCCAGUUCCUGAGUGGUAACGAUUCAUGUCUGGAGCAGGUGGACAAAGCAUGUUUGCUCCAUAUUGCAGAAUAAAGCCCUGAUCCUGAUGUCA